AUGGUAAUAGAACAGUUCGAUAAGUAUGAAGAGAUAAUCUCAAUCAGCGUUGAAGUCUCUCCGGGUCUUACUGACUGCCAUUUAAGUAGUUUGCAAUAUCUGUUCGGGAACCUCAUGCACCACGAUCGCCGCCACCUCAGACCAGACUCAGAGGCUAGCAUAGCUGAUACGAUUCGAGUAGUAUCAUGCAAGCAAAAUAGAGAUCUUCGAAUUACAUUUGCUAAUGAUUAUGCGUGCUCAGACCGAAAGAAGUGGACUGGAUGCAAAGCGGCAUGUUCCACACCAGUCCCAGCGUCACGUGAGGCGAAUAGCCACCGAAUGUAUCACCAGUCAGGCAAUGCUGUACACAGGGGUGACCGUCUUAUCAGAAAUCACGUAAAUGAUGGAUUUUUAAUUUCGUCUGAUUCUCAUACUCCAGCCAACUGUGCUUCUGCUAAUAGGUAUUUGCCAGUGACCCAAUCAGAAACUAAUCAUCACAAUAAUCGCCAUCCUAUGCACGCCUCACACACUACAGCUGCACAACAAGAGCAAUACAAACGCGAUUUGAUGACUCAGUACGAAAUCAAACGUGCUCUGUUUUUGGCCAAUCCACCACCGUCAGUUCUGGCUAGUCGUAAUCGAGAGAAGAAACAAAAUGACAAUCGCCGGUUGGAUACAAAGAGUCAUCCCAUGAAACAAACACCACUUAAUGGAUCACGUGUAGAUCGUUCAGUGAUUGGUCGCAUGAAUUUAGAUCAUCAGCGCAUGGAAAAUUCAUUUCGUGGAGCGUCGUCAAGGUCUGCCAGAGAAAUUGGGUUACAUGGUUUGGAUUUUGAAUGUGAUAUUGGAGGUCGAUUUUCAAAUAAUUCUCGUGGAAAUGUGCGUCCAUCACGUGGUCAUUUUCAGAAUAAUUUUCAUCGUGGACGUGGUUCAAAACCGUAUUGGUGUCAUGAUGAUAGAUUUGGGAAGUUUGAAAAUGGUGGAGGAUUCCGUGGACAAAACUCGUUUCGCAACGGAGAUCCUAAAACUCGUCAGCAUUCUGGUGAUGAAUAUAUCGACGAUUUAACUCCAGAGGAGAUUGCCAAGUAUAAAUUAGAGAUCAACAUGGACAAUUUUAUUGUUGAUCGUCCAAUUCUGCCUGAUCCAAUAUUGUCUGUACCGCUUUCCAAAUGGCAGUCAGAUGAUUUAUUGUUAUUAUUCUCUUCUUCAUCAAAAUCAUCUUCUAAUCGUCAUCGUUUUAUUAAUCAAUUUCAGAAACAACAACAACAACGUCAACAACACCAUCAUCAAAAUCAUACAAAUAAUAAUAAUAAUCAACAGCAUCAUCGGCAUCAAAUUCAAAGGAAUCAGUCCAACGCUCAUUAUAUUCCAUCAAAGAAAGAGGUGGGGACGCGUCCAAAUCAAAGAAUUCGUAGUUCAAAUGUUCCUAAUAUACCUAAUAGUCAAAAUGUUCCCAAUCAACAUCAAGUUAGUUCGAAAACUCCCGAGAACUCCGAGACGAACAAUGAUAAAUCCGUUGGCGAAAUGGACAGUCAUGGAGAAAAUCAAGUUAAUGGUGAUGAGGUGGUGGGACAGCAUGAAAUAAAUGCAGAUUCAGCAUUUUACGAACAGGACAUUGGCUGUGAAUUUUUCGACAUACAUAGUCAUGAUAGGGCUAGGUCCUUCCUAACUUUGGGAAUAUACGACAGUGAACUUUCUCAGAAUGACGGUUACACCCAUUCCAUAUGUGAACAAACAGUGGACAGGUUAUAUCGCUUCCACUCACUUCCCUCGCUGCGAAACUUUGAGAAGAGUGAUCAGCCACUACUGCUUGAAAACUGCCCCAAAAUAACCACUAAGCAGAACACUAAUGACGAAGCACACACAAGUGGGGUGGUCACUACAGAGGAAUCAACGAGUACUGAACCUGGAAGCAAAGAUAAUUCACAAGACAUGACUAACUGUGAUAUCGAAACGUGAGGAUAAACGAAGCCAAAUGAUUAGAAGUAUUUUUCGUAAUUCCGAAUUUCUCCUUAAAGCACUAAACACAAG